UACUUCAAAGCUUUGACGUUUGGAAAACACAUAUUAUCGUGACAAUAUCGCCACGAGAUACAAUCAUUACAAGAAAUGACUUAUUUCUGAACUCGAUACAUUUUUUUUCGACAGGUUGUUCUUGGUAUUGGUAUUCCACUCAAGCUGGGAAUCAAGCAAUCGAUGUCAAUCGGGUGGAAUUUUCAGAUGCAAUAUGACGUACCAACUAAUAUCACAAUGUUGCAACAAUAUCCACCAUUUUAUGACAGGAAAUUCCGAGAAAAACGGACAACAGAAGAAACGGACAGAUCAUUGUUCUAUAAAGCAUUUGAAGACGUACUGAAUGGUGCAGGAAUAGAUGGUAGAGACUGCAUUUUACGAAGCAUCUGCGAGAAUGCUGCUGAGAGCUUGCAUCAUGAAGCGAAUGGUCUAUAUGGCCUUAUAUUCCACAUUGUUUUCACCCCAAACUAUGGCAAUGAAGCAGGAGACUCGAACAUGGAUCCCAGUUAUAUGGAAGCUCAAAGAGCUGGAGAAUAUGGUGUGGAAUGUCAUACACUAUAUUCGAAAUGUACAUUAGAUGAUGGGCUCAUAGGGCUCUUCUCAAUUUUGGACUAUGAACUUGGUUGA